CAGUUCAGAGUCCUGGGAUCCAACCAACCCAUCACAGCCGUGGUAGGAGAAGAUGUGGUGUUGCCUUGUCACCUCUCCCCCGGGUUGGAUGCCCAGAACAUGGAGGUGAGAUGGUUUCGAUCCAGGUUCUCCAUCUACGUCCACCUCUACCACAGCGGUCGGGAUCACUUCUCCUCCCAGAUGCCCGAGUACCAGGAGAGGACAGAGUUUUUGAAGGAGGGCAUCUCCAUGGGGAACGUUUCCUUGAGGCUCCUCAGGACCAGGUUGAGUGAUGAAGGACAGUACCAAUGUCUGGUCAAAGAUGGGAGUUUUUAUGAAGAAGCCACGUUGGAGCUGAAGGUCGCAGUUUCAGGUUCCAGCCCCGUCUUCUCCGUGGAGGAUUUCCAAGAUGGUGGAAUCCGGGUGGGAUGUCGAGCAACCGGUUGGUACCCAAAACCUGAGAUGUUUUGGAGAGAUUUCCAAGGUCAACAGGUUCCAUCUUUCACCGAAUUCCACUCCCAAGACCAAAAUGGCUUCUUUGAAGUGGAGAAAUCCAUCAUCAUCUUGAGGAACAUGAACCAAAAGGUGUCCUGUUCCAUCAGGAGCACGCGGCUUCCUCAGGAGAAGGACUCCACCAUCUUCAUCUCGG